GACCAGUGGCACUGGUGAAUUCUAGUGGUUUCUAGUAACAUGGAUCAUAAUCGUUGAUCAGGUAUCCAUGGUUGUCCAUUGAAUGUUCCGUUGGGAAUGUUAACGUAAAUAAUAUAUUGACAAAAAGUUUAUUAUAAAUUUUGUAAAAUAUUGUAUAGAAUAUAGCAUUACAAAUGCAUUCUUUAAAGAGAUUGUCUGGAACAAUCAAUCAAUACUAUAAAUGUUAUUUAAAAAGAUGCUUAACCUCUAAAUCGGCUCAAAAUAGAGAAGUUGAGGUUGAAAAAGAGAAAAAUAUUGUGGUCGAUUAUUUCGAAAGUGUCACUACAAUUGGGAUAAACUGUCCUCAAAAAAAGAAUUGUUUGGAUUUAACAACUGUACAAGAAUUGACAGAUGAACUAGAAAAAUUUGAAAAUGAUGAAAAAUCUGUAGUUGGUGUACUUCACGGUAUUGGAGGCAACUUUUGUAGCGGCUAUGAUCUUAAAGAAAUUGCACGAUACAAUGGAAAGAACGAAGAAAUUUUACCACAGUUUGGCCCAUUGGCUGACAGAAUUGAAUUAAUUAAGAAACCUUUAAUUGCUGCUAUAAGUGGAUACGCUCUAGGUGUAGGAUUUGAACUUGCCCUAAUGUGCGAUAUAAGAAUAAUGGAAGAAAGCGCGAUAUGUGGAUUUUUGAAUAGACGUUUUGGCAUUCCUAUACUUUGCGGUGGCACUGUUCGUUUACCUGCUUUAAUUGGAUAUGGCAGAGCAAUGGAACUUAUUCUAACAGGUCGUCUUAUUUAUGCAAAAGAAGCACUACAGUGGGGUUUAAUUAAUCAUUGCUCAGACAUUGGCACAGCUCUAGGCAAUGCAGUAAAUUUUGCAAGAUCAAUUACAAAAUUUCCACAAAGUGCUUUGCUCGCAGAUCGUACUUCUGCCCAUUUUGCUACAUUCUCUGCUAAACAAUUAGAAGAAGCUUUACAAUUUGAGAAAGUUAAUGCAUCUCAUUUAGUAUUCGAAGAGGGUGUUAAAGGAGCAAAUCGAUUCGUCACGGAAAAAAUAGGAAGGCAUGGAAAGUGUCACAAUAUUUCUCAGAUAGACGUUAGUUUUAAAGAUCUUGAUAAAGAUCUACUCUAAAUAUUUUGUAAGAAUGC